AUUGUGUAAAUUUGUGAAAAUCGAUUGCAGCGACGCUGAAAAAUGGUAAAGUCGUAUCCAAAUGUGAGUGAGGAGUACCAGAAGGCUAUUGAGAAAUGCAAGAAGAAGCUCAGAGGUCUAAUUGCCGAGAAGAAUUGCGCUCCUAUUAUGCUACGUAUUGCGUGGCACUCUGCUGGUACCUUUGAUGUGCAAAGCAAGACUGGAGGUCCUUUUGGGACCAUGAGGUUCAAGGCUGAGCAGGGACAUGAAGCUAAUAAUGGUAUUGACAUUGCUAUUAAGCUCUUGGAACCCAUCAGGGAGCAAUUCCCUACUAUUUCUUAUGCUGAUUUCCAUCAGUUGGCAGGAGUUGUUGCUGUUGAAGUUACUGGAGGACCAGAAAUCCCUUUCCAUCCAGGAAGGCCGGAUAAAGAGGAGCCUCCUUUUGAAGGUCGUUUGCCCGAUGCUACAAAGGGAUCAGACCACUUAAGGGAUGUAUUUAUUAAACAAAUGGGUUUGAGCGACAAGGAUAUUGUUGCACUCUCUGGUGCCCACACCCUGGGAAGGUGCCACAAGGAACGUUCUGGAUUUGAGGGACCCUGGACAGCAAAUCCCCUCAUCUUUGAUAACUCUUACUUCAAGUAAGACCUUAUU